UCACUUGGUCCUGAAAUGGUACACUUAGGAACUGGUUCACUUGUGAAAUGGUUCACUUCGUCCUGCACCCACCUAAUCGCAUAUUACUCAUACUGAUGGAAUGCUACUCAGUUAAGUGUGAAGAAGAAAGUGUAUUCAAAAGCAAUAUAUAACACAUAACAUAUUUUAUAUAGGCUGCUCAGUGAAUUGUGUGAAGUUGUUAUCAAGACACUUUAUGAAUAAGAAACUUUGUAGAAAUAUAGAAUAUAAAUUACAUUGUACAUUUUAAGGAUACUAAACAAACAUUUAAUAAAAGCGAAUUGAUUAAUCGUAAUAACCUACUGGUUCAACAUUUCAAGUGUUUACGAUGGAGAACCGCACUGUAAGUGUUCGCAGGGAAGUGAUUCGGUCGCAGUUGGAACACUUGGCGUCACUGCUGAGUAAUGAUGGGGAAGACUGUUUUAUUAUCACUGCUUGUGCAGUCGAUGAAGGAUCCCAUUUAAUAGGCUCAAACAUGGGAGUUGAAUUCAUAAAGGCAAACUUUAAAGGCGUGCAGAAGGAGUUUGUACCAUAUUUAAGUCAACAGGACAUGCUUGAAAGCGUUUACACAAACCAAGUCGUCGAUGAUUUUAAUAAUGACAGAAAGGCGAUCCGAUCUAUGAUUGUAUAUCAGACUCGUCGACUAGCUGAGAACGGAGAGGAGUGCUUUGUGGUGACUGCCACAAACCCAAAUAUUCUAGGCUCCGACAAGGGGGUAGCCUACUGUAGAAUCUUGUUUCAAGGCAUUCAGAGAGCCUUUUCCAGACACGUUGAACAAAUCAAAAAAAAAGCUCACCAAACAGCUGAAAGACACCAUGGGAUUGAACAAGGCCCUGAAACAAGCACGGGACAUUCCCUACACAGUGAACUGCAAACGUAUCUGAAGAUGGAGAUACCUUCCAGAAAGGAUUCAGAAAACGGUCAUCGUAAAAUCAACCCCAAUUCAAAGCAAGAACGUUAUUUAAAACCAAGACAAGAUGAAAAUCCAGCACAACCAAGAAAUAUAUCCACUAGUCAAGGUAAUGAUAGAGGGAAACAACCACUCAAAGACAAGAAUGAACCACCGAACAUGUUUGUCAAGGAAAUGUCAUAUUUCGAUGAUUCAAGUUCAGACAUUUUGGGUUUCGGUACUGAUGAAGAUUCAAUUAAUGAUGAUAUACUCCUGUCAGACUCAGAGUUGCUACCCGAACCAUUGGAACUGGAAUCGACAGGGUCAAAGAGGACACACCAGACCAUUGAGGGCAACUCAGAAAUUAAGAAAUUUAAAGCGACAACACAAUCGUCAACAGAAGGGAAAUUCAGGCAUACUAAGAAUAUUUUACCAGAGCUGAACAAUAACUUAAUAACUGAUUGUCCUAGUACAUCUGGUCUACAAAGCAUUAAACACGUGAAUAAAGAAGGCAACCGGUUUGUAUGCGUUGUAAAAGGAUGCGAAAAAAGCCAUUCGAGCCGCAUAAAGCAAUUGGAGCAUUACAUCAGUCACUCGGAGAAGAAACUAUACGCGUGUGACAUAUGUCAUAUCCCAAUUAAAAAUAGAUCGUCUGUUGAUCACCAUAGGAAACGGAAUCACCCUGAUAUUGAAUACAAACCUCAGGGAAUAUUACGGAACCGUCUCGAGGAGUUGGAAAAGGAGCUGGAAAGUAAAAACGAUGUCAGUACUUCAUAUAACACUGAUGACACGUCAAAAGAAAAUAUGCCAAAACAAAGAAAUAGCUUCUGUGGUAUUUACCUUCCUGAAUUUUAUGAUGAUCAGGAUUUUGUGCAGUAAUGGCAUGUUACACGUCAGACCGAAAAUACAUCUUUCUUAUGGAAUAAAGCGCUGUACACGAAUGAAGAACAAAAUACUUUAUGACUGGUACUGUUGCAAUGUUUCUUGUGUACUAUCAAACAGAUUUCAUGACAUUAUGUCACUUUUUAAACUAGUAUAAUGAUUAUAUAUUCCGGAAUAUUAACAAUGUUUUUCAUAAUCUUUGUCAUUCAUCUGUCUGAUUUAGGAAAAAAAUACACAUUUAAUGCAAAACAAUAUAAGACAAUUAGCGAAAUAUAUUGUAAAAACUUACAUGCUUAGACGAAGCGUCCUAUUCUCUUAACUUCUGAUAUCGCGUUGAUAAAUUUGUAUUUUCUAUUAUCACUGUUAACAGCACAUGCACAUUGUACACAUAAACAUCUUCAUUUAUUUAUAAUAUUUCUUGCACAGGCAUUGAAUGUAUCACUUUAAUGUAUCAUUUUGCGAUAUUUGCACUAUACUCGAUUGAUUAUGUCUAUCUUAAUUCCACUCAUUGAUGCUACGUAAAAUAGUACUUGAUUGUUUGUAUAUCUGCACUGUAACAUACAACUUAUAUUUUAUAUGAAAUUAUGCUCCAUAUACUGCCGAUAUAUAGGUGACUUAUAGGCCCGAUUGGCCGGGUGUAAAUAUAAAACUAUUCAUUAUGCAAUGUUAUUAUGCUAUGUUCACAUGUUACUAUAAUCAACAGUUUACUUACAUACUUUCUUAAUUAUAAAAGCGUAGCUGACAAAAAUUUUGGCGGUCUGUUGUUAUCGAUAUGACUACACGGUAGUUACUCCCCUUUGAAUAUACUUUAUUGUUUUCCAAACGACAGGCAAUGACUGCCAUUAUGCAAAUAAAACGUAAAAAUAAUUAAAGCAAAGACUCGAUAAAGAAAAUAUGCGUAUUGCAAUAAAGAUAUUGACUGGACGAGCGUAGUCACGUGGUGUUUUUAAUAGAAACCGAUAAAAUAAUGUUUACAAACAUAUCGCAUUAUAUCCUGAUACGUAUGGAGGCUAUUCGUUGCCCAAAGUCGAGACGUGUAAUUCCCACAAUGUGCUUCUUAAUCGUACUAAAUAUCUCUUACAUUUGUCAAUGUAGACGUGCUAUUUGUUGUUUCUAUUCGUCAGUUUUUCCGUAUUGGUUUGACAUUUGUCAUUAUAGUAAUCAAAAUAUUUGUCAGAUCUACCCUGUACCACUAAAACAUAGAUCGUAUAACUUGCCCUUAACAAGAUGAUGAUGUAAUUUAGAAAGCCGAAUCAUGCAUAUGUAAAACUGCAAUCCUACAGUCGACACUCGCAAUCGUAAAAGGAACAUUUGCAGGCCAACAAGUCCAGGUUUACAAAAGUGAAUUGGCAAGUUCAGAAUUACAAGGAUAGACGAUUUCACCUAUACCUUAUAUGGUAAAUGUCACGGAAAGAAACGAAUAUGAAUGGGCGGAGCUAACGAAUCGGAUUUCAUUUCGUUUAUUUCCGUAGAAUCAAGCAAGGGAGAUAACAUCUUCGCCUACUUCCUGUAAAUUCCCGGUUGUACCACAGUCUGAGUACUCUCUCUUUAUUUCACAAUAAAAACUAAAAUUUA